AUGGCGGCUCCGCUGGUGCUGGCGCUGGUGGCGGCCGUGACGGUGCGCGCCGCGCUCUUCCGCUCCAGCCUGGCCGCCUUCAUCUCCGAGCGCGUGGAGGUGGCCUCGCCGCUCAACGCCUGGCAGCGAGUGGUCGAGGGAUUAGCUCUGCUGGACUUAGGAGUCUCGCCAUAUUCCGGAGCAGUUUUCCAUGAGACCCCGCUGAUGAUUUACCUCUUUCACUUCUUGAUUGAAUACGCCGAGCUGGUGUUCAUGAUAACUGAUGUGCUAACUGCUGUUGCCCUUUACUUGGCCAUCCAGGACUUCAACAAAGUUGUGUUUAAAAAACAAAAGCUUCUAAUCGAGCUGGAUAAAUAUGCAUCAGACGUGGCUGAGCUCAUCCGGACGCCCAUGGAGAUGCACUACAUCCCCCUCAAGGUGGCCCUGUGCUAUCUCUUAAAUCCUUAUACUGUGAUGUCUUGUGUGGCAAAGUCCACCUGCUCUAUCAACAAUACUGUCAUUGCAUUCUUCGUUUUAGCUACAAUAAAAGGUAGUGCCUUUCUCAGUGCAAUAUUUCUGGCCUUAGCAACCUACCAGUCAUUAUACCCUGUCACGCUCUUUGCUCCGGCUCUCCUUUACCUUCUACAGCGUCAAUUUAUACCAGUCAAACUGAAAAGUAAAAGCUUCUGGCUCUAUACCAUGCAGUAUGCAGCGCUGUACCUGUGCAGCCUGGUGGUGAUCAUCUGCCUCUCCUUCUUCCUCCUCAACUCCUGGGAUUUUAUCCCAGCAGUUUACGGGUUUAUCCUUUCAGUUCCAGAUCUGACACCCAAUAUUGGCCUUUUCUGGUACUUCUUUGCGGAGAUGUUUGAGCACUUUAGUCUUUUCUUCGUAUGUGUGUUUCAAAUCAACGUGUUUUUCUAUACCGUUCCCUUGGCAGUAAAGCUAAAGGAGCACCCCAUGUUCUUCAUGUUUGUCCAGCUCGCCAUCAUUUCUAUCUUCAAGUCCUACCCCACGGUGGGAGACGUUGCACUGUACAUGGCCUUCCUUCCAGUCUGGAGCCACCUUUACAGAUUCCUCCAGAACAUCUUCAUCCUGUCUUGCGUGAUCGUUUUCUGCUCCCUCCUGUUCCCCGUCUUGUGGCAUCUCUGGAUUUACGCAGGAAGUGCCAACUCCAAUUUUUAUUACGCCAUCACGUUGGCUUUCAACGUAGGGCAGAUCCUGCUCAUCUCGGAUUAUUUCUAUGCCUUCCUCCGACGGGAGUACUACCUCACUCAUGGACUCUAUUUGCAAAGGCAAGAUGGGACAGAGGCCAUGCUUGUUUUGAAGUAGGGAUCAUAUUCACCAGUCUUGGGAAGUGGACCUAGAGAACUUACAAAGCUUGGGGGCUAUGGGGUGGGUGGGGAAGGUUCCCUGGAUGAGGUCGGACAUUGAGGAUGAUGCCUACUGAAGAGAGCGGAGAACGUUCUGGAAACACCCUCCUGAGCUACAAUGGUGCAGAGAGUGCAAGAGGAGCCCCGGUGCCUCCCUUGGAGCGUCUCCCCUCUUCCCUCAGCCGUGCUUUUUACUGCGACCUCAGCCAUCAACUCUGGGCAGUCCAGCAGGAACUGGAGAAAGUGCCUGGGCUGAAAACAGGGCUGGCCCGGGAGGAGCUGAGAACAUAACCUGUUCACUACUACUGCUCCCCGGAGAUGUUGGUUUCUCCUGGAAAUUCCCCCUUCACUGCUUUGACCGCAAGUGUUGCUGCUUGGCAUGAGACAAUCUCUUGGCAUCAGGGCCUCAACCUGGGCUGCAUUCAACUUGGAUGAUCUCUCUUGGU